AUAUAUAAAGCGUAGAGCGGAUGUCAGAACGAACCACUGCGCACGAUAGGGGGAGGAAAUCAGGCAAACUCGCUUUUCCCUUUGCUUGGGGAAACCUAUUUCCCUCUCGUCAGUAAGAGUGUUUUAAAAGGCAAGCAGGAGCCUUCAGUCAUUUCAUAACUUUGGGGAAGGUUCUGUGAGCAAACCGCUCCCCCCAUUGUGUUUAUUGGUAUUUCCCACUCGCCUUGAGGGGGCAUCUUUGGAUUUGUACCACUAUGCGCUACACAGAGGGGGAAGCAGUGGACAGAGCUAUUGUAUCAAAAGGGGAGCCUGCAGGAAAAUUAGUCGUAUGCUCUGCUUCCUAGGCGCCAUAAGGGACCAUGAGUGACGGCGACAAGAACCCAGCCAGCACCCCGACCCCAGUCACUGAUGUGCAAGGGGAUGGGCGAUGGAUGUCCCUGCACCAUCGCUUUAUUGCUGAUAGCAAAGACAAGGAACCAGAGGUUGUCUUCAUUGGAGAUUCCUUGGUGCAGCUGCUGCACCAGUUCGAGAUCUGGAGAGAGCUUUUCUCCCCUCUACACGCUCUCAACUUUGGCAUUGGGGGUGACGCCACCCAGCAUGUGCUCUGGCGCCUGCAGAAUGGGGAGUUGCAGCACAUCCGACCAAAGAUCGUGGUCGUCUGGGUGGGCACCAAUAACCACGGCCACACUGCCGAGCAGGUGGCUGGCGGCAUAGAAGCCAUUGUGCGGGUCAUCCAUCAGCAGCAACCGCAGGCCCGUGUGGUGGUGUUGGGCUUGCUGCCACGGGGCAAGAACCCCAACCCCUUGCGGGAGAAGAACAGCAGAGUGAACGAACUGCUCGAGGCGAAGGUGCCGCUGCUGCCCAAUGCCUCCUUCCUCAAUGUCGACCCGGGCUUUGUGCAUUCGGAUGGGACCAUAAGCCAUCACGACAUGUACGACUACCUCCACCUGACACGCAACGGCUACGCCAGACUCUGCCCCGGCCUGCACCGGCUGCUGCUUUGCCUGCUGGGAGAAUGCAACGCUCAAAGCCCUUGACCAAAUGCUGUUGCCCAUGGCCAAGAUGGAGCCACGCUCUGGCCUGCGUUGGCUGCAAGGGGAGACCUCCCCAGAAGUUAGAAUCCUGUCUCUCCCGCCACCUCUCCUCCGGUCUUCAAGUGGGUAUGCAAUAAAUACAGCUUCCCUCCCAAGCUGUUACGUCUUCAUCUACCUAGUAUUCGGCACUGAAUGCGGAUUUCUCUUCCCCCCCGAAUCCCUUUUCUGCAUGUUAGUUCUGUAGAUUGUUAAGUGAUUGUGGGAGACUGUGGGGUUGAGGGCCUAUUGGCCGGCAUCUGCCAAAAACGUAAGUUGGGCACAGGGCAAGUUGAUGCAAACUUGCUUAUGUUUACUUAAUAAAAGUGGUGCACAAAG